CUAUUUCCUUGCUUGGGGGGUACAUUUAAUGUUCUCUCCAUGCUUAUUAAUUGGGCAAGUUUAAUUGGCAGUGAUUUCGGUGCAACAGAGUUCCGUUUAACGUCCGAAAGGUAAUACCUGGAAACGAAUCUCCCGCCCUUUGUUUUGGAAGUGACGUCAUUUGAGCGACAAGCCUAUUGCUGGCCCUCUUACUGAGCAGUAACAGGCGAGUUGGGAUAGCAAGAUGGCGGACACAGUGGAGCUCCACAAGCUGAAGCUUGCCGAACUGAAGCAGGAGUGCUUAGCCCAUGGUCUGGAAGUGAAAGGCAACAAGAGUGAUCUGAUCAACAGGCUUCAGGCGUACCUGGAAGAGCACGCUGAAGAGGAGCCGAAUGACGAAGAUGUUUUAGGUGAAGAAACUGAGGAAGAAGAGCAAAAAUCCUCUGAAGAUUUAGUCAAAGAAGAUGACCCUACCACCAAAUCGAAAGACUUAGAAGCUGAGAAGAAGCUCGUGAAAACGUCAAUGGGGGUUUCUCAGACUGAACGACUUCAGAAAAGAGCAGAGAGGUUUAACGUCCCUGCUGAUGCAGACACCAAAAAGACAGCUCGAGCCAUCCGGUUUGGUGUUUCGUCCACUGACAAAGGCCAGUCAUCAAACGUUCAACCAGUAAAUAUGGACAAACUGAAAGAGCGGGCUGAACGGUUUGGUGUGAGUGUGUCUCCGGUCACCCAGAAGACUGAAAUUGAAGAGAAACUGAAGAAGAGGAAGGAGCGUUUCGGCAUAGUGACCAGUUCAGCUGCUGUUACCGAUGACGUUGAGGCUAAGAAGAGGAAAAGAUCCGAACGCUUUGGCAUAGUCUAGCUUGAUGCAUCCACGCUUGUGCUGUCGCAAUGCCGUCUUACUCAUGUUCUGUUUUUUUGUUUGCCUAGUUUAAAGUGUUGUGUCGUGUGAAAACAUCAUCUUUUUGGUUUUUAAUACUU